AACAGUAUUAUACAGCGAGCCUUCUUCAAUCAGUACAGAUCACGCUCUUUAGAUAGCAUAGAAUUAAUAAUAAGUGCUAUUAAACAUAUUAAAUAUCUAUUGAAAAUUUCUAAAAAAAUUCAUGGAUUUAUAAAAUAGCUUCUAUUUUUUUAAUUGAAUUUAAUAAGUGGUGGAAAUGUAUGUAAUGUGUAAUACAAAAUCAGUGUAAUAUACAAUUGAGUAGCAUAUUGGAAACUGCAAAAUUAAGUGGAUAGAAUCAAAAUGGCGAGCUACUUUGAAAUUCUACUCUCUAUCGCAGUGAUACUUAUCGCAUUCUACUAUUAUGCUGUAUCAAACUUUGAUUUUUGGAAGAAACGUGGCGUAGUUGGGCCAACGCCGAUACCAUUCUUUGGAAACACUAAGGAUUUAAUAUUUGCUAAGACGACAAUACGUCAUUAUAUAGAAACCACGUACGUUCAAUAUAAAAAUGAACCAAUGAUCGGGUUUUAUUUAAUGAGUAAACCAAGUCUUAUAUUGAAUGAUCCAGAACUUAUUAAAGACGUUCUGAUUAGAGAUUUCUCACAAUUUGCAGAUCGAGGAAAUCCUGUUUAUGAGAAGACAGAGCCACUCUCGCCACAUCUCUUCAGCUUAGAACCAGAAAGAUGGCGACCAUUGAGAACGAGGCUCUCCCCCAUAUUUACAUCUGGAAAAUUGAAGGAAAUGUUCUAUCUCAUAAUCGAAUGUUCGCAACAUUUAGAAAAAUAUUUGGCUAAAGAGGUUGAAAAAGGAGAGCCUCUAGAAUGUCGAGAAUUAGCAGCAAGAUUCACGACUGACGUGAUUGGUAGUUGUGCUUUUGGAAUUGAAAUGAAUGCACUAGCGGACGAGAAAAGUGAGUUCCGUCAAAAGGGUAGAGAAUUAUUCGAUGUAUCGUCUUUCGAAAACAUCUUUAGAAACAAAAUGAGACAAUUCUUCCCUAAGCUGUACGCUUUGCUUGGUAAUAUAAUACCCGACAGAAGAUUCGCUCCAUUCUUCACCAAAGUUAUUACAGACACCAUGAAAUACAGGCAAGAGAAUGAUAUCGUUAGACCAGAUUUCAUCAAUAUGCUUAUGGAACUUAAGGCGCAUCCAGAGAAACUGAACAAUAUCGAAUUAACGGACUCUUUACUGACUGCACAAGCAUUCGUAUUCUUCGUGGCGGGUUUCGAAACCUCAUCGGCGACGAUUAGCAAUGCUCUUUAUGAAUUAGCCGUGAAUCAAGAGAUACAAAAUAAACUACGAGAAGAAAUAAUAGAGUACUGCUCUAAAGACAAAGGAGAGUUGGAAUACGAGACUGUAAAAGAAAUGGAAUAUUUAGAUAAAGUAUUCAAAGAAACGUUAAGAAUGUAUCCACCUCUAACAGUACUCUUUCGAAAUGUAUCAUCAAACUACACUUUUGAUGGCACUAAGGUUUCAAUACCAAAGGGUACCAAAAUCUGGAUCCCAGUGUUUGCCUUGCAUCGAAAUUCUGAUAUUUAUCCAAAUCCUGAUUCUUUCGAUCCGGAAAGGUUCAAUGAAGAUGCUGUCGCAGCUCGACACCCUAUGCACUAUUUACCAUUCGGUGAUGGACCAAGAAAUUGCAUUGGUGCACGUUUCGCAAUUUAUCAAACCAAAAUUGGCCUCAUCACAAUUCUACGGAAUUACAAAGUGGACGUUUGCGAAAAGACAAGCAUUCCUUACGAAUUUCAUCCAGCUGCAUUUUUAUUAACACCAAAAGAAGGGAUAUACUUGAAGUUCACAAAAGUACAAAGUUAAUGUAACUUAUUUGACAUACAUUAAAUUGAAAAUAUUUUUCGUAAGUCAUUACACAUUAUGGAUGUAAAAAACAAUAUAGUAUGAAUGUAUAUUUGUUGCUUAGUGUUAAGAUAUCCCUUGUAUACUAGAUGGUUAAUAUAACCUACAUGACGGAAAGGAUCAUAAAUAAAUUUUUUGAAGUUUUUCCUUCAGUAUGUUUUUGUAUUAAUAGACCAUUUACGCGGAUAUCUUUCAUGGACAAAAAAAACGGAUGAUGUAAGUCGAGAGACGAGCGUAUAGUUUAUUUAAACAUUUUAAAUAAAAAUUAUAUUUGUUUAAAAA